GUCAACAAGCACCUUUUUUUCUUAAUUUUUUUUUUUUUUUAGUUGUCUGACACACAGACUUUCUUCUGAAACCGUGAUACAUUACUCCGUGAUGCACAUGGGGACACACGAGGAACCGUGAAUGGCUCAUUGCUUUUGGCGUUAGAAUAUCCAAGCAGGCAGUGAUGUGUGCACAUUACACCCUGUGACCGGAGACAAUCUGCUGCCCUGACGCUCAGUCUGUGACGCAAAAGGAUUACUCAGGAUGAAGAGAAAUGAAUUGCAGCAUCUCGACCUCACUGUGGGAGGGGUUGGUAACCGAAAGCACCAAGCACCACGCAAACGUUGCGUAUUUGAUGCAUCAGGAGAGGAGUCCUGUGAAGAGCAAGAGGUGACGGUUUGUCAAUAUGAGUUCCUCGCAGCAUCGGCCUCUUUAUCAGGCAAGGGUGAGAUACACCCUGUGAGUAAACACAGCAUCUUCUGCACACAUCCAAGAAAGAAGAGAAGUAUCUCUGUAGCAAUGAUUACUGGCAAUACUCCACCUUCAACGCUGAAUAUCAUUAGUCUUAUCUGUCCCUCACACACACGCACACGGUCAGCGGAGGCAGUGCUUCAGAUUGAGUACCCACCCAGAAAAUGAAACACGCUCAUGCGAUGAAGGAAGUGGGAGCAGCAGGCUGAGCUGCAGCAUUAUGCUCUCAGCCGGCACGCCGAUGAUGAUGGGACUGGAGAGAGGCGUAGAGGGGGGUCCGCUGGAAACUACUUCAUACUGACAGGAACAGGAAGUGGUGAGCGGAGACGAAAGUACCUGGUACAAGAUGUGGCUUGUCUGUUCCUCUCUCUCGACACAGCCAGUGAAUCAUAUAAACCAGUCGCUUUACAGCUUCAUCAUCAGCGUCAGGCUUCACCAUGUAUUUGCUCUAAAUCUGGAGGGAGGAACUUCAGCCUUGUCCUCUUCUGGCUAACUGAAACCCUGGAAGUAAAAUGACACAGAACAGUGCCGGGACAAGCAAAGCUGGCGUGAAAAAAGGAGACGAGCUUAAAAUUGUCAUUGUGGGAGAUGGAGGCUGUGGGAAAACAUGUCUGGUGAUGGUUUAUGCCAAAGGUGAUUUUCCAGAGAAGUAUGCGCCAUCUGUGUUUGAAAAAUAUGUCACCACAAUCACUGUCGGAGGGAAAGAGAUAAAGUUAAACCUGUAUGACACGGCAGGGCAGGAGGACUACGAUCGGCUGAGGCCGCUCUCGUACCAAGAGGCCAAUCUGAUCCUAGUCUGCUUCGACGUCACGAACCCCACCAGCUUCGAGAACGUCCUGAUAAAGUGGUAUCCAGAGGUCAAACACUUCUGUGCAGACGUCCCCAUCAUCCUGAUCGGCUGCAAGACCGACCUCAGGAAGGACAAGGAGUGCACGAGGAAGCUGAAGGCCAACGGUCUGGCGCCCAUAACCUACACACAGGGAGAGGAAACCCGCCAGCAGAUGAAUGCAGAUCUGUACCUCGAGUGCUCGGCCAAAUAUCAGGAAAACGUGGAGGACAUUUUCAGAGAGGCCACAAAAAAGGCUCUGGCCUUCAGACGGAAACAAAAGAACCACAAGAGGAAGAAGAAAUGUGUUCUCCUGUGAAGAUAAAGAGACUGUCAGACUAGUGUAAAUGAUAGAUUAUUUUUCAUAUUCAGAGCGAUGUAAGAAAACCAACAGAAAAAGAAAAAAAAAAAACACAAUUUCAACAGCCCAAGAGGAGGAGGACUGAACCUUCACUGAGUAAUCGGCUCAUCACCUUUGACCGAUACAAAAAAAUACACAAUGAUGCAACAGGAAGAACAGUUUUGCAAGCUGCAAUUUUUCUCAAGUGCAGCCCUCUUCAAACCCCCUCAGUGUUUCUCGUUUUCUGCUCUCAACAGACUUGUUACUGCACAAAAAAUGUCUAUUGAAAUAUAUAUUUAUUGGAAGGAUCUUAACAGUUCUUACUUUUACAUGUUUUUUUUAUGCCAUUUAUCCGUUAAAUCAAAUGUAAUCUGCUGGUACAGAAUCAGAUUUAGAUUAUAAAAACGUUUCGGUCAUCAUGAGAGGCUGAGAUGUGAAUGUGUUGGUCUGUGGGCUUCGCGGUCAGCCCCUCAACCCCGAGCUGAGUAGAAGCAGUAUCGAUGAUGGAUGGGGGGCCGUUUCAUUUCCAGCAUAACAGCACUGGUGUUGCUGUGAAGGCUGUCAGCGCUGAGCCAGAGAUCUCAGCCUUUCCAACAGCGCCCACUAGAGUCGGAAAAUCAGAAUGCCUGUAGUUGGCUGCAGUUGUCAGACUGGAAAAGCAAAAAUUAAACACUUCCUCCACCAGUGAAGAAACAGACAUGCUUAUGAUAAAGUGUUUAAUCCGUAUUUUACAAUGAUGUGCACAGACUGAGCACCCGUGUCGGUGCGAAUCACACUCAGGCACCCGCUGCAGCGAUGAAAUGAAACGAAAAGCUACGUCAUUUAAAAAGAAAGAAGGAAAAAAAAAAAAAAGUUUGUGUUUAUUCUGGCAGCUUUUCUGGCAUCGGAUGUAACAUUUUGGUCAACAUGCUUCAAAAUUUUUCCCCUCAAUAAAACUGAUGUAAAAUUAC